CCUCAUCUCCUUUUGCUACACGCAAUAACACCAAACCCAAACCCAAGCGGUCAUUCUUCCAUUCCUUUCAUUCUUCUCAAAAUUCUCUCUUUCUUCUUUCACAUAACCGAAUUAACGAUCGCCAUGGGUGGCCACGGAGCUAUCGAGGUAGCCAAGACAGUCAUGGAGGUCGCCGACGUUGCCUGGACCGCCAUGGAAACCUGCCACAAACACCGCCACCACAACGACUCUUCCGAUGAGCCCAUUCAACACGCUUCUCCCGAGGAAGAAUUGGAAUAUCUCAGAUCCGAGAAUCAUCGAUUGAGGGACUUGCUUCACCAGAAUAUCAAGCUUCUUCAGAAUCUUUCUGAUUCUCCUUCUUUGUUGAACGAUUGCCCUCCAGAUUUGUAUGCUCGUUUAGUUGCUACUGUGGAUUCUGAGAAGUUCUUGGCUCGUAUCAAAACCCUCCAGCUCGCUUCAGCCAAAGGAGAUGGAUAUGAAUUUCCUUUCAAGGUUGCCACAGAAAAUGAUUUGCAGGCAGCUGAAAUUCUUGUGAAUGUUGACCAGAAAGAACCAAGUUGGUGGGUUUGGGUGACAGAGGACAUGGUUUCAAGCAAUGUUGAGGAACGGAGUGGAAUCGAUGACGACAGUUAUGUAGUUGUUAGCGAGGAGCACGUGGUGGAUGGUGUUGCAAACUUCAUUGCGAAAUGCAUUGUCUCGAACCCAAAGGCUCAGAAAAUGACACCAGAAGAAUUACAAAAGACCAUGACAAAAGCAUUAGCUAGCGUGAGUAAACUGACCCAGAUGUUCGAAAUUUGGCAUGCCGGGAAAUUGUUUUAUGCCUUGGCGACCUGGGGACUUGCUCUGACCGGAUUAUACCAGACUCGUGCUGUGUUGAAAAUCGUGGCAAUGGGUGUUCAUACAACAAGCAAAGUUGUGAUGAGGGCUCUAUGAAGAAGAUGGUUGUUCCUCAUCUGUGAACUAUUUGUAAAUUGUGUUGUAUUUUCAGUUUAUGCAAAUUGGGGUUUCAAAUUGAUCAAACUCCAACUUAAUAUCUUCUUCUUCCAAGUGAUGUAAAUAUUUGUAAAUAAAUGUGUUUUAUGAACUCAACUUUUUAUGUAACUCUUGUGAAAGUGGUUGAUAAUGAUGACAUUCACCAUAUGAGUGCAUAUUAAGGGUCUAUCAUCUUAAAUCUUUUGGUGCUGUUCUAAAAUAUUAUGAAAAAUAGAUUUGAAUUGAUUUGUUUUCCUA